GGGCGGAGCUUACUCCGGCUGGUAACGGGGAGAAGAAGCCGAGGCAACAGCGGACACGGACGGACGCCCUCGCUCAUCUUCAUCUCGUGUCUUGCGGCUGUUUCCAAAUGGCAACGACAGCGGACGACCAGCGGGAACCGGAGGACGUCGCCGCGCUGUCGACGCACCACGGCUGCCACCACAACUGCAACAACAACAAUAAUAAUAAUAAUAAUAACAACAACAAAGACAGCGAGGCGGGAGAGAGCGCGACGUCCGGCACCGCCAGCACCACUGAACCCGGUGGGACGGCGUCGCAGAGCAUCGGUAACGGCUCGGUUAUUAACCCCAGCGGGGGGAACAACGGGAAGUGGGUCCGACUGAACGUCGGCGGCACCGUGUUCCUCACAACGCGGCAGACUCUCCUCAAAGAGCAAACUUCAUUUCUUUACCGGCUGUGCCAACAACAGGACCUGCACUCAGACACGGAUGAGUCAGGAGCCUAUGUGAUCGACAGAGACCCGACCUACUUCGGGCCCAUCCUCAACUACUUGCGGCAUGGCAAACUGGUCUACAACAAGGAGCUGGCUGAAGAAGGUGUCCUGGAGGAGGCUGAGUUUUACAACAUCACCCCACUGAUCAAACUGAUCAAGGAGAGGAUCGUGGAGAGGGACUCCAAAGCCACACAGGUGCCCCCCAAGCAUGUCUACCGAGUGUUGCAGUGCCAGGAGGAGGAGCUCACCCAGAUGGUCUCCACAAUGUCGGACGGCUGGAAGUUUGAGCAGGUCAGCGUGCGCGCCUGCAGAAAGCCCCGCACCGGACUGCUCUGGACUAUGGUGAACAUCGGCUCCUCAUACAGCUAUGGAACAGAGGACCAGGCUGAGUUUCUGUGUGUCGUGUCCAAGGAGCUUCACACUCCGGGAUCUGGGCUGGCUACAGAGCAGAGCCACAAAACCAAGCCGGCGGAGAUGCAGGAGGAGGAAGCCGCGAAGGAUGAGGAGGAGGAGGAGGAGGGAGGGAGAGAUACCACACCAAAUGAGUGGCUUAGAGAAUGAGGGAGUCAUGUUUCAUUGUUCCAAAGAGAGGCGGGAAUGGCUUUUCCAGAUCCAUGGGUCCCGGAUGUAGAAAUGACAAGAAAUUUAAGUUAUUUUUUUCUAGGCUUAUCACAACAUGGUGUAUGUGUGCGUCAAUGGACACUCAUCGAAACAGAUUUGUAGCAUUGUUAUCAGUUCAUUGACAAAAUGCCAGUUAGGAAGAUAACCAAACGACCAAAAAGAAGAAAAGAAAAAAAAGAUCUUAAAUCUCACAGUCAGACACAGCAAUAUGUUCAGAAGUAUUUUUCAGGCGAAUUAAUUUUAUUAGUAGAGAUGAUAAUGUGUCGGUGUGUGCAAACGUUACAUUGCCAAGGGCAGUAGUGGAGCUUAGUAAAUUAUAACCAAAGAUCCAGAUUAAAGCUGGCCGAACCAAGGUGCUGAACCGAAAUAUGAGAGAGAAUAGAAAAUCUGCCUGAGGAAAAAUUGACAUUGUCUUGCCGUUGUUACCCAGUGAGGAGCUUUUUCAGUGUCACUAUGAUCUGAUGAAUGACGGAUGAUGUGAAAGGAUCAGAUUUUAACUGUGUUACACGUACCCUAAUGUUAAUUCAAGGCAAAUCCUGUAGUCUUCUCAUUUAUUUUGCACUUGAGGCAAAAGUUUUGACUGCAGACAUUUCAGACAGGACCAUCUUUACUUUACUUGUUAAAUGAGGAGGUUAUAAUGAUGGUAAUUUAAUUUAAUGUUGCUGUCAGUGUGAAAACUAGGACGGCACCGAAUGGAUGUGGCUGUUCAAUAUGAAUAUUCAUUCCUUUUUUCUAUGUAGAGUUUGAGACUUUGAACAGGGUUUGGUCAUACACGUAAUACAGUAAACAAGCCAAGUGGGCCCUUCGAGGUAACGCAAGCUAACUAUGCUAAUGAUAUCAAACAAAACCAGAGACAAUAUCGUAUUAAGUAGCCGUGAGCUGUAAAGGCAGAAGAUAGCGUUAUCUCAAAGCCUGACCGGGCAAAGCCUCUCUUCCUCUGGGCAGCUGCCUCCGUCUUAGUCAGGCUUACCUUGGCUCUUGGUCUGCAGCUACCUGUAACAGAGAGCAGCAUGACAGCAAAAAGCUCUCACUCUGCAGCCACAUCUGGGGACUGAAUCGUCCCCAGAAAUAUACUGACUGACCAAAAUAAAAAGACUGCCCGACUUGAGAUCUUUGUUGACUAUGGGGUCACCGACACUGAUGAGUUGAAUCUUCAGGGACUCUCAGGGGGCAGCCGUAGUGAAAACACUGGUUUGAUCUUGUACACUGACCUCGCAACCCCUGUAGUCGAGGCUGGAGCAGAUCUUGGCAGUGUGCACUGCAUACAAAGCAGAUAUGAGUCAGUGCGCCUUUGGUUCUGAGUUGCAUCGGGUGCAUUGACCCUGGUCUACCUGUGUGAACAUGUUUUAACCCUGGUGUGAUCUCAUGGUAUUAGAUGUUAGUUAUUUAUGGGUUCUCUUUGCUGACAGAUGGAUCAGUGUAGCUGGAGACAGAUGUAUUAUCCUACGCCAUUAUUUACUGGUCACCUUACAAAGGCUUCAUCUCCUUACAGACAGGCUAUCAUUGUCCAACAGAGCAGCCAGCACACCGCACUGACAGAAACACACACUGCUCUACAUUUUCUCCCUGCGCCAACAUCCUUCCUUGAGCUGAUGCACACCUGCAUCACCUCGUGCCACUGCAUGCUCAGCAGCACCGUCGUCUCAGGCUGUCGCCCUGGCUGAGAUCCAGAGCCAGCUUUGGCCCCAGCUGACAGAGAGAUGUUGGUGUGAGUCAGAGAAGGCUGUAACCGAGAGGGGUAGAGGGCGGGAGGAGGGGGGGAUCAAAAUAAGGAGGAGAGACAGGAGAAUGAGGUGUAUCUCUGCCUUGCAGUAAUGAUAGUCACACUAGGUCCUCUAUCAUCUUUGUUUGUAAAAUAAUGAACAGCAGAUCUGCCGCAGUGCAGGUGUAUGAUUGAAAAGGUUUUUAAGAAGCAGCAAGUUAGAUCACACAUGACUUUUAAUGACCUCUGUUGGCAACUUGUAGGAACUGCACCACGGAUCAAAUUUGGAACCACCUCACAGGUCUGUGGCACAACCCCUGACAGUCUGUAUAGUGCUGUGUAAUGACAUGAAUUAGCAAAUGUACCUGCCAUGAGGUCUUGACAGCAUAUUCACUGGUAAAAAUCUGCAGCUGCAGUUGUUGAAUGCUGGAAAGUAUCUUAAAAAUAACAGGGUGUUCAGUUUUUAUCAGCAGGUAAUAAACUGUGUAAAUACACAUACAGCCUAGAAUACACCUACAGUACCACAGCGUCAUGACGUAGCCUAUUAGAAAACAUUUAACCAAAUAAAACACAGAAAUACAUUGUAGAACAAAUGCUAAUGGGAGCGGGGCAGGUCUCUUUUAAAGCAUUUCUUGGAGGCAUAAAUAAUUUAACUCAUUGAGUUCAUCUGCAGUGGUAGGAGCCAAAAAACAAAACAGUUAAGACAUUACAAUACAAAGGGGAGAAGAAGGCAAAUGGGUAACUAUGCUAUGAUAUGUUGGUUGGCUACAUAUUCCAGUUCAUGUUCCAAAUUUAAAGUGGAAACAGACAACUUUACAACCCCCACACCAGGUUUUAGACCAUCUUUGAAAGCCUUAGCAAUAUGCGGUCGCUCAUGUUAACCCAUUGUGGGAUAUUUAUGCUGACAACAUUUCCUUAAACAUGUGGGAAGUGAAGUUUUUAGCUGCAGUUACUCUAACACGGGUACACAUAGCAUUUGCUAACCCAGAAGAAAAAAGUAAACACUAAACCAAACCACUCAUUAAAGCUGUUCUUCACUAACCACUUUUUUGGCCCUGCCUGCAGAAGUUUACCUCACGCAGAGAGAUUAUUUCUGCCUCUAAAGAUUUCUGCAGCCAUAUUGAGCGUUGGCUGUCAGCAGCUUAUGUCUGACCCCCCCCUGCUGUUCAGCUCCUUUGUAACACUGACUGACCAGCAACAUGCAGUCAGGACACACACUAACACACACGGCUGUUUUAUACAGGCAAUAAGCACUUAGAGUUACGACGUGAGACAAUCGAGAAUUAAGAUCAUGGUUGGCUACUUUUUUAAAAACAUUUUGAUAAUUAAAUCUGAAAAAAAGGCUGCAAAUACAAUACUGAGUGUUUGUGUGUGCGUACAUGAAAUUAAAUGUCUCGUCCAUCCAAAGUGUAAACAGAUACCCUGGACUUUUAAGGUUCCUCGCAAUACCUUAACGGCUGAUUAGCAGAGUACAGUAAAUGUUAGGAUAGUGAUGUUACAUCAUGCUUUUGAUAAUCAUAACAGUGAUAUUAGCAGGAGGGAGAAGACUGUUUAAUGUUUUGUCACUUCAGCUUUUUUUUUGCAGCUCUAUUCACUCGAAUCAUUCGGUGCCUUGAGUUCAAGCAGCAAAACUGACACGUCAAAAGACCAGAUGUGUCCAAAUGAUCAUAGGUGUUUUACAUUACAUGCAUUUUUUUAAAAUGGCUGUUUUGAUAUUUUAGUCGACAAAUGGGUAGUUUACAGUCUCACUGAGAGUCUAGGUUUGGCAUUUGUGUACAUUUCUUCCAGUGCAUGUUUGAUCUGAGAAUUUUUAUUUUUCAUAAAGUAGAGAUUGAGAGUACACGCAGCUGUGUGUGUGAGCUGAAGCUGGUUUCACGCAGCUCCUGUAGAAGGCUGUUUUGUAUAAGAUAUCAUGCCUUUUUGAUUUUUUUUUGUACGUUCAGUUGUCUAAUUUAUUCUCAACAUUUCUUUUUGAAUGUUACAUAGUAAAAAGAAUCUGGGUUUUGAUAUUUUUAGGUGGGGAGGGGGUGUUAACGUCAUCUUAGGGUGACUUUUGCUUUUUUCUACUUGACGACCUGCUUUUAUUUUUGACUAACCUGAUGAUCUUCAAUUACAUAGAAAUAUAUUCAUCAGGUUUACUGAAUAUGUUAGUUAAGUUCACAUAAAUGCUGUUCAAAAGACAUUUCCCAGAUGAUAGUCUUUUUUUCCUCCAAUGAAAAGGAGUUACCAGUCGGUCCGUUUUAUAAGCCUCCACUUGUACACUACGUGUUGAAUUGUUUCUGCUGUACAGUAGAGUGUGUUUUCACAUAGUGUUAGAUGUGUAAAAGUCUACUUGGCAGUACUUUUCUUUAUUCCGUGCAAAAAACAAACAUCUGUCAGGCAGCUGUGGAUAGAAAAACAUUUUAAUCUGAUGCUGGAGUUUUUUUUUUUCCUUCUGCUGUCCAUACUCAGUGUCUGUAUACGUCAAACAAUGUGACACAUGCAUUGUAACGCCUCAGAUGAACCUGUACAGGCUUCGAGAAACGCUGUUUUCAUUUCUGUAUUUCACCUGAACAAUAUACAGCAUUUUCAACAGAUGUGACAGAAAGUGAUUUUUUUAUUUAAUGUAAAUGAAUGUCACCAUUCUCAACAAAAUAAAAUCUUUGUCCUUUGGUUUAAAA